AUGCAGUCCAGCUGGCUUUCACUAAUAUGCAUAAUAUAUGGGUUAAUUCACUUUUGCACAUCUCUCAUGCACAACAUUUUUGUUGUGUACCAUGUUUAUGUAUUUGUUUCUUGCUUUGGUCUUUCUAAACUUUCAUUUUGGACCUCUGAAUUUUUGUUCCUUUUGUGGAAUGCAAUUAAUGACCCUAUAUUUGGCUGGCUCUUAGAUAAAAAAAUCCUAAGAGCUCGUUUUAUAAGCAUUUGUGGUCCAUUCCUAGGUCUUGCCUUCCUUUCUACAUGGUUCCCCCAUUGGUUACCCAACUUUCCGGGUCUUCGAUUUGUCAUAGUUUUGUGCACCUACGACACCGCUUUGACAUUGGUAGAGUUAAUGAAAAGUUCUCUUUUGGCAGAUUUAGCCGUCUCACAGGUAGACCGGUCGCGUCUAGGAAGUGCGGCCUCAGUAGGUAAUGCCCUCUCUCAUUCAAUCUCAAAUGGGUUUCAGGCUUGUGCCGUUCUUAUUACUAUUUUUUCGGCUGUUGGUUUGUUCUGUGGUGGGUUAUGGCUUGCCAAUAUGACAGAUCUGACAAUAGGUGCGCUUUCAUCAAGCAACCGUGUCUUCUCCGAGGGUAUUUGCAAGCUUUUGCCUCAAGUGAUAAGCGACCUUGUGGAUGAGGACCUCGUACUGAGUCGUCGACCACAGCCAGUGUCUGCUCUGGUCUUCGGAGCUACUUCAUUGCUGAGUCGACCGGGCCAGACUGCAGCGCCCCUCGUCGGCUCGCAUCUCGACGUGCUCCCGUCUCCACCCAGUGGAAUGGACCUCCGUACGGCCUGUUUCACUCUCGCCUGGUCCGUAGUCAUCGUGGUGGGUGUCAUUCAACUCUUGAUUUGGUCCCGGUAUCAGCUUCACGGCGUCAGCCUUGCUAGAAUAAAACGAGAACGACUUACUCUAACAGAGCCCAGUAGAUCUUGUGUUAACUGUGAGCAUCCUUCACCCCUUUUUAUGGGAAUCUGA